AUGACUGAGGCUGUUGCCGCCUACACCACUAUUUGUUUUGCUACAGCUUACCGAACGGACGUUCUCACUGGCACUUCCACCGCCUCUGGUAUUUCCACCAAGCCCACCGAAUCCAGAGAUGGAAAGCUUACGACGUCCACCGUUUACAUCACUCAUGUGCACCCCGUCACAGCUUGUCGCUCGCCGAUCAGGAACUGCGUUGACUCUCCCGAGUCGAAAGACUGCCCCCCUGAAUACAGAGACAGUAGUGGACUACGUUACUAUCUGUCCGCUGCAGCUGCUACCAGGCCUAUGACCAGCCUCGCUGCAGCUGCGACUGAAUCUUCCACUAACCCAGCUAUUCGUUCUGGGGCCACUGAAGACAAAUACGUUUCGACCAUCACCACUGUUAUCUAUGCCACGGAGAUCCACACCGCCACCGUAAGCUAUACCUCGGUCUCGGGAUCACCUACGGAAGAAAGUACAACAACCUACCUCAGCACUGUGACAGUUCCAAUGACCAAGACGCUAUACGUGUCCGGAGCGACAGCAUCCGCAUCUGGCUUCGCGGCCAGCCAACCGAGCGUAUCCGAACGAGGGAUUAGCACAGAUUCGCAAGGCCAACAACAAUCCGGCGCCUCGUAUGAAAGCACUAUUCCCGAGGGUAGGAAAGCGGGUUCAACUGCUGUCGGAGUUAGUGCGGAGUCUGAAGAAAAGUCCCAAUCCGGCACCGGAUAUCCACCCUUGGCUGGUACUAUCGCUGGCGCAACUGGAGGUCAGGGCUCGGGGGCUAUCUACUCCACUAGUAAUUACCAAUUCUCUUCAAUUGCUUCAAUUGUUGUAUCCUCGUGGUCAAAUCACCAGACUGGUGUUGUUCGAACCAGUGCCACAUCCCCGGCACGGUAUCAGGCACGCUGGUCUACUGGCUCGGCAUUCAACUGUGUAUUCCCUUUGCCCGAUACAUAA